AUGUCGACUUUAGGCAAGAUUGAUGAGCUUGUCAGCUGGAGCAAGUCAAAUGGAGCUCUUGUCAGUCAAAAUGUUUCGUUCAGGCAGAUUUCUCCUGGGAAUAUCGGCGCUUUCUAUGGAAGUAGCCAUGGAGAAGAUGCCAAACUUGAAGGAUAUCAAAUGAGAUUACCCGUAAAACUUGUAGUGACGCUUUGUGAUGCCAUUGAAUCCUUUCAGAAAGAUAGCGAGGGUGAUUUCAAAGAGAUUUCUAGACAGACUUCCAGUAUAAAUUCGUUAUUGAAGUUGUAUCUUGCACGUGAGAGAAGCAGCAAGUAUUUGACGUCUUCGUUCUAUAAGCCAUAUUUGCAAUUGCUUCCUACUUUGAAAGAUAUCAACUCGCCUUACUGUUGGACUGCUGAUGAUAAGGACCUCCUUAAGGGAACCAAUCUAGGAAACUCUCUCAAAGAGAAUAUAGGUCAAUUGGUAGAAGAAUGGUGGCAAGUUAUCAAUUUGUUACCAGAAUCCGUUGAAAAGCCAGAUGCCCAUUUUGUCAAUAUGAAGUUCUACUAUGAGUUCAAAUUCUACAAGGACGAAGACUUGUACAAUUAUUUUGUAGUUCAGAAUGAAAACGAUGCAGACAACUGGACCAGUUUUCCAAACUAUUUGUGGGCAUCGUUGAUUUUGAAAUCUCGGUCUUUUCCAGCCUAUUUGUUGAAGUCGGCAGUCGAUGCUGAUUUCAAACGUGAUGAGGCCAUGCUUUUGCCUCUUGUAGACUUGUUGAACCAUGACUCGAAGGCUAAUGUAAGCUGGUCUGUUGACGACAAGUGCUUCAACUUCAAGUCAGACUCUGUAGUACCCAAUGCCCAAUUGUAUAACAACUACGGUUUGAAGGGUAAUGAGGAACUAUUGCUAGCAUACGGCUUCUGCAUUGAGGAUAACGCAUCAGACUCUGUAGCUUUAAAAAUCAAAAUCCCUCAGCAUCUUAUGUCUGAAUUGCAAAAGAACAAUAUUAAGUUGCCAACUAUAGAAGACUAUACCACUUCUGUAGUUAGAAGUGAUAAUGAAAAAAAGGCCAAAGGGGAUGAAUAUGAGGAUGGUGUACUUUUUUUCAUCACAAACGACAACUUGCCAGAGAAUUUGCUCGAGGUAUUUCAGUUUUUGGUAAAGAAUAAAUGGGAAAACAACGGAAUAACAUUGAGAAUGAAAUUGGCCGGAUUGAACCAAUUACGCCAAGCUCUUGAAAGUAAGAACAACCUUUUGAACACCGAUAUUGUUCUGAAGAGUAACAAUGCUGCCACCAUUAAAACUUACAUCCAGUCGCAAAGAAAGAUAUACUUGGCCAAUAUCAAGAAAAUCAAGAGACUCGAGAAGGAACUAUUGUCUGACUCUGAAAAUAAACCUCAUCUCGUGACGUUAAAAAAUGUCUUCAAGAAAGACCAUAAGUUCCAACAGUCUCUCUUAGUGAGCUUGGGAGUGUCGUCGUAUGAUGAGAUUGUAAAUUCGCAGUUUCUGGAUCAAGCCUGGCUCUUGUAUUUGAUCAGAUGCUACAACCGCGACGAAUAUGUUAAUCCUAAUGAAAGUGACUCUCUCGGAGAUGAUGAUAACUACUUGCCCAAGUGGAUAAAAGACGCAUUUUUGCGUGUAGAAAAAGAAGAAGGUGAGCCUAGUGCUGCUGAGGUUGUACAAUACAAGGACUUGUAUCUUGGUUUGAUUCCACAGUUGGCUGAGAUUGUUCCUGAGAUCUACAACAGGGGUAAAUGGAGAGUUCAGGAACUUAUACGGAGUGCCAAGUUGUUGGAUACGAUUAGUUUUGUACGUGGCAAAGAGCAGGAGUGUAUUCUUGUAGAGACAGAAUGA